GGGAAAGAGCUACUACUAAGCUAAUACAACUAAUUCCACCUAAACAGGAGAACACGGAAUCAUGUCGAAACGAUCCGGUGGCAUGAACCUUGGUGGCCUAAUGGCCAAGAAAUCGAAACUAGAUAAAAAGACGGCCGCGAGUGCCGAGGCAAGCCGAAUCGGUAUAGGCGGAAAAGGCCCAAGCAAUCCGUACCUAACAAAACCAGUCCCUCCCGAACAAAUGAUCCAAAUCUUGCUUACGCAGUUUCGCAACGCUGCUCGAAAGCGCCACGGCAGCAACGGCAGCAAGCCAUAUGCGAGCCCAUUUUGCGAAAUCGAAGCACGCAUCGGUAUUCUCAAGGUCCAUAACCGUAGGGUUACUUCGAGUGGCCCCAAACGGGUCAACGGGACCGUCGUUCGGGCUUUUGACGGAGGGUCUACGCCGUCCGGAGUAGAGCCUCCAUCCAUGGUCAGCGGAAUUUCUCGAAGCCACUUUGUCGGAUGGACACUGGCAGGCUUGUCGGAAGCGUCGCCCUUGUCCUCUGCACUUGGGGAAAUGUCCGAGAACAGCAAAGAAAUCAAGAAAAAGCUAGAYGAGCACGAAUAUGUCGAGACCGUAUUUGCCGGCUAUGAGGGGGAUCGACGGGUUUCCUUUCCGGGGUAUGUCGAUGUGGAACACCCACCCUCGGCUCSAGUUCCGACCAGAUCGGGCAGCAUGGAAUACAAAGAAAAAAUUGACCAGCGCGAUCUAAUUAUACCGGCUGCUAAGUAUGAUUUGCGAAUCGGAUUGGCCACCGAAAAGAUCGUUGAUCCGAAUGUUACGACUAUCCCUCCGGGGUGGUCGUUGCAUCGGGUGAAACGACGACGAUCCUACAAACGAAAAGACAAGAACAUGGGAUGGCAGRUUGAWGUCACCGAGGUCACAUCGACGCCGAGGCACGAUCUAUCGAAGAAAACGGUCGUGUAUGAAAUCGAAAUGGAAUUGCAGGCAGAUGUCUUGUUGAACCUCAUCAACAUGGAAGAUAAGGACCAGAUACGAACGGAGACACACAAAUUAUCACAACAGCUAUGGUGGAUCCUCUCACAUCUCAAUCCAUUGGAAGAAACUGUGGAUGUUGAAGAAUACCUGAUCGACCAUCCCGACAAGAAGGCUGUUCAAUUGGCACUGGCAACCUGUGGGGCCCUCAAAAAGUUUAUGGACGGUCGUCCAUCUCACGCCCACGGGCAACCCAUUGAAGUCGGGAGUCUUCCCCUGGCAAAUCCAGGGACAAUUCCACCUCCUUCGUUGGCAAAUACCAAGUUUUGUGGCUGUAUGCCCAUUGGUUUUUCCCGACACAACAUCGAGGACGUUCAGCGGGGGAGCAAAUACUUUUUGAGCGAAAAAACUGAUGGUGUUCGUCAUUUCAUGAUAUUUACGGGCGAGACCGUAGUACUGGUCGAUCGCGCCAUGAGGGGGAAACAAUGCAUACCAAUCGCGAAACACCAACAAGAAAAGAGCGCAGAACCGAUGGCCUCUGUGAUUCCGUUGAUCAAAGCCGGCACCGUAUUUGAUGGCGAAGUUGUGAUGCACCGGGGAAAUGGCAAAAAACACGGCCCGAGGCCGUUGUUCAUUGUCUUCGAUGUCUUGACUAUCGGACCGAGCGCGGUCGUUAUGCAUCUACCUUUUGAAAAGAGACUCGAGCACCUAAAGAGAGCCACUUUCCGAACACCAACAGCGAACCGCGACAUGUUUGCCGAUUCGGCGAUUGCCGAUUUGAGCAUUCCCUUGCCGCUGGUGCGGAAAAACUUUGUCCAGCGGACGGACAUUGCGGAGCUCUUGAACAAUGUGAUAGAAGAAAAGGGAUUUCGAUCAUAUCGACGACUGCCUAUCCACAAUCACUUGACCGAUGGGAUCAUCUUUCAGGUAAGAAAAAAAAGAGAACCUACAAUGAUUUUGGGUGUGCAAAUUAUUCGUUUUCUGUCUGCUGUUUUGAACGCGAUGGAAGAUUCUUUGAUACGUUCUCCUCGAAUGGAUCUGAAUUUUCUCAUUCAUUUUUGUGACUUUUCAAUGCUUUGCCUGACUUCAUGCAUCAUUAUUUUAAAUUUUUUUCCUUCUUGUUUCGUUUCGAUUCAGCCUAAUCUUCCGUACAAGUGCGGGACAGAUGUGAAUUUGUUGAAGUGGAAAUACCUAGAUACUUGCACCAUCGAUGUCCAACUCUUGCUCGAGGGUGGGUACAGGCCCCGAGGUGGAGUCGAGGAGGACGACGAUCCUCUGAACACAGGAGUGGGAGGGCCCGACAACACUUCUGUAGACAUGUCCCGGUACGUGAAAUUGCCGGCCAGCGAACGAUACCGUCUCGAAGCCGACAAAAUGGAAGUGAAGUCGAAGAUCCACAUUGCCGAGGUUGGGUUCGAUCCGCUGUCGGGAGAGUGGUAUUAUCUAACCAUGCGUCCCGACAAGAUCGCUCCGAACCACAUCAGCACUGUGCUUGGUACCCUGCUGGAAUUGUCGGAGAGCCUCACAACCGAGGAGUUGCAAUAUCGAAUGAGCGUUCCUCCAGGACAGCGCGACACGUAUCGUAAGGAUCUAAAGGGAAUGAUGAAACAGCUUCUAAGCUACCAGAAGCAAAGCAUUUUCAAACAGCAACAAGCAGGCAGGCGAUAGGCAUUGGGAUGCAGGAGAAAAACGCGACGAAAUUCAGAAAACGUCUGCUCAUUUUCUUGGCUUCUUCUAUGACUCGAGUCUUUACAAAAAACUGUUAAUUCUACGAAGCGUCAAUAGAAAACUUUGCACUUU